GAAACAUUCAAAUUGCCUUGUAAAGUAAGACUUGUUUUCUAUGAACAAAUUGUUUGUUUUACGUUGUUCAUAUUUUUGCAGAUUGGUUUUAGACUUAAUUUUUCUCUGUACCUUACAUGUUUCUUUUCUUUCUAUCUUCAGUUGUGGAUUAAGAUUUUGAAAUUUGUUACCCUCUGACAUGAAAUAGGUUCUGCAGUCAAGAACUAAUCCAACUUUUGUAUCUUGGAAAGGUGGAGCGGUAAGCUAUCUUCUCACUGUUUUUUAUGCUUUCUUGUGCUGGGUUCUUUGACUGCAACGGAAGCUGCAUCUGUUGGUUGCAGUUUGGAUAUGCAAUGCCUCAAUUAGUUUUUCUUAUCCCUGGGGAAGAUAUUGCAGCAAUUAAACAUGAGAACUUGUCAAGUAAUUGUUGUCCCCAAAACUAGUGUAAACAGUAGUAUUUCUGGGGGAACAUGAAAAUGAUUUCUAUGUCCAAACAAAUAAUUAUCCUCUGGCUUGCAAUACAUAUCAAUAUUGAGCAUGCUCUGUACUGAAAAGCUUGUUUAUAGCAGAUUCUUGGCAUUCUAGACUUCAGUCGGGAUGCAUGGAUACACCGGGAUGACUGGAUCCGCAAUGGUAUUCAUGUUGGGAGUGGCAGGAAAUACAAGGACUCCUACUUUCUUCAAGCACAGGCAAUGUGUUAUAUAAAUUCCUAGGAAGUUGUAGUCUUGCAGGCAAGACUCAUAUAGUCCAUGUUCAACAUCAAGCUCCCAGCUGCUUAUUCUCUGGUCCUUGCUUUGUGGACUUGUUUAACCAAUAUUAUUUGUAGCUGUUCACCUGAUUUUUCAUUCUUGUGGGCAACUAUUCCAAUACCCAAGGGGGUGAUAUCAUCAGAUCUCUCAACGCAUACACUGACAAUCUCUUAUGUUCAAUUAUUGGUGACAGUUUUGGGCGUAAUUUUCAUCCAGAUUUUCCAUGGCCAAUGUCUUUUGGUCAUUUAGUUGUUGUGGAUGAUUAAAUCCCUUGAUUCAAUAACCGAAGCUUUUUAAAUCAGCUUGAUAUGAAUCAGUUGAUGCUAAUAAACUUUCAUCUAUUGUACCCUUUUUCUCUCAAACUUUUAUGAACAGAUGGUAUUGUAAGCAACCUUGUAAUCAAGUAGUAUUCUUUAC